AUGCCAUUGACGAGACGAAUGGCAGCGAAGACGAAGGAAGAAAUGGCCGAAAAGCAAACCGAUCCGCCAUUUUUCGACGCCGAGAACGAGCCGACGGAAAACGUGCAGGAAAAAGAGAACGACGAAACGGAUAGCGGUAGCCAGCUCCCGACGCAGACGGUGAGCGGUGGGACUUCUCGAAACGAAAUGCAAAUUGUGAACUUGCAUCCGUAUGACGUGGGACGACUUAUUCCGGAAUAUGCAGAAGGAGACGGCGUUGGUAAGUGGCUGCGGCGGAUCGACCACUUCCGGGCGAUAUAUGGUUGGUCGGAACAAAUGUGUCUGUUGUACGCAUCAACACGACUGGCCGGUGCGGCAGCAAAUUGGUACAGACGACAUGAGGAGUGGAUUUUCAAUUGGCGGCAGUUCAAGGAUCGCAUUAUUGUUGCUUUUCCGGAAACGUAUGACGAGGCUGAUAUUCAUCGUGAGCUGGAAGCAGUAAAAAUUGAGAAAGGAGAAUCCUAUGAAGCGUAUGUGUACCGUGUGGAUGCAAUCGCACAGAAGGGCGAUUUCAGUGUGUCAGCCACCAUCAAAUACAUAAUCAAAGGAUUGCGCUACGAUAAAGUGUACUGCAGCUUGCUGACGAAUCAGUAUACCUCUACGCUAGAGCUACUGCGGCACAUAAAGUGGAUUGCCUCGAACAUGGAGAUGCUUCCAUCUAACGCCUUCCGACAACCGAAAGUAAAUGCGGCGGUAACUUCGGCGGGCCCUCGGGCGGCUCCAUCGCCGGCUACAGGUGUGGUUUGUUACAACUGUCGUGAGCCUGGGCAUCGCUCGUUGGACUGUCCAAAGCCGCAGCGCAAAGAAAGAUGCAAGAAAUGUCUUCGUGUGGGUCACGCAGCCGACGUUUGUAUGGAUCGUUCUACAGCUUCGCAGCAGCCAACACAGCAACCAGUUGUCAUCAACAAGUUCGACGGAGGGAAGCGAUCGGCUACCAAUGCCUUAUUCGAAGCAGUCGGACCUGACGACCACAUCACGGUGAACCAGGCUUCUCAGCAGGAAAUUGAAAUCGAGGCAGCGGGCGAACGUUUCAGAGCGAUGGCCUUGUUCGACACAGAAUAUGAGUGGUUCAUGCUGGGUAACAUUGACGAGAAGUGUAUGUCGGUCGAGAGUUCUGCGUUGGGUAUAGACUUAGACGUGGGGGAUGAUAAAGAAACGUUGUCUUGCCGUGUUCAAUUGGAAAGUCUAGUGGAGCGGAGUUAUUUGAAACGUGCAAGACCCGAUAAGCCUUUGGUGUCGUUUGAUGCGGAAAUUCGGUUGAAAGAGGACAAGAUCUAUUCUGCUUCUCCACAGCGUCUUAGUGUGUUUGAGAGGAAGGAACUGGACAAGAUUAUCUCUGAUUUGUUACAGCAAGGCAUAAUUCGUGAAAGUGAUUCUCCUUAUACGUCCCGGGUGGUUCUGACAAGGAAAAGGAACAAUACUUUUCGAAUGUGUGUGAACUAUAAGCCUUUGAAUAAAAUCGUGGAACGGAACCAUUUCCCUAUGCCGGUUAUUGAGGAUCAAGUAGCGAAGCUUCAGGGGAAAAGGUACUUUACUUCAUUGGACCUGAAAAACGGGUUCUAUCAUGUGAGUUUAACCGAACAAUCGAGAAAGUACACGUCGUUUGUGACUGAUAGCGGACAGUAUGAAUUCAACCGUUUGCCUUUUGGUUAUGCUAAUUCCCCUGCGAUUUUUGUGAAGUACAUUUCGAAGGUAUUGGAGCCGUUCAUCAAAGAGGAAAGGGUUAUAGUCUUUAUUGACGACAUGCUUAUUGCAUCAGACACAUUAAGUGAGCAUUUCCAGACCUUGGAAGAAGUGCUCGAGACACUAGCAGACAAUCAUUUGGUGCUACAAUUCGGGAAGUGCCAGUUCUUCAAAACGCGUCUGGAAUAUUUGGGUUAUGAUGUGCAAUGCGGAAUUUUUGUUGAACAACACGGUGAAUCGGUCCACUGGCAAGACGGCCUCAACUCUUUUGUUUGGGGUUAA